AUGGACGUGCAUCUCCUAACAUACGACCUAUCCCGUGGGCUUGCACGGCAAAUGUCCCAGAGCAUGCUUGGAUUUCACCUCGAUGCAAUCUAUCACACGUCCAUUCAACUCAACGGACGCGAGUACGUCUAUGAUGGUGGUAUUGUUGACAUCACUCCGGGUACAUCUCAUUUGGGCCAGCCCAUGGAGCGCAUAUUCCUCGGAAAGACAGAGCUGCCCAUGGAGGUCAUCGAAGAGUUCUUAGACUCAUUAAGACCAAUCUUUACAGCGGAGGCCUACGACCUCUGGAAACACAACUGCAACAACUUCUCAGACUCGUUUUCUCAGUUCUUGCUUGGGAAAGGCAUCCCAGAGCAUAUCAUCAAGAUGCCUGAUGCUGUACUCAGCUCUCCAAUGGGCAGGAUGCUCAUGCCUCAACUGAACCAAGUUAUAAACUCCAAUAGACAAAAUGGUUCAAUCCUCGGUAUCCAGAACAAUCCAACCCCUCAAGGCUACGGAUCCGCAUCGCAGCCCACAAAACCCCAAGCAAAUGUCAGGGUCGUAAGUAGCUCACAGGAGCUCGACGCAAUCCUUGAAUCUGCCGCAAGGUCUUGCGCUGUUGUUCUCUUCACCUCCACCACAUGCCCUCCUUGCAGGGCCAUCUCGCCCAUAUUCGAUGAAGUGUCUGCAGAGGCAGGCAGCAAGGCCACAUUCAUCAAAGUAGAUGUUGCCCAGCUCACACCGCUUCCCGGGAAGAACUAUCCUCGAGCAACUCCGACAUUCAUCACGUAUUUGCAUGGAGAAAAGGAGAAUGAGUGGGCAGGCGCUGAUCCUGCUGCCCUUCGAGGCAACGUCCAGCUCCUGCUACAGAUGGCUUGGCCUCGGCACCCCCACGAGUUCCUCAAGCUUCCCAGCUUCUCCAACCAGAACGCAAAGCCAGUAUUGUUCUCAAAAGUACCGCCCCUGGCCAAACUACUGGGCAAGAUGGGGUCGGCAGCAGAUGAACCAGCCGUGAAGGCAACCAAGCAAUUCAUUGAGGCCCGCGACAAGCAGGGCGCCGCCGCUGCAGUACUCCCAAACCUGGGCGAAUUCUCCGCGUUUUUGCAGAGAUCAUUGCAAUCGCUACCCGUCGAAAAUCUUUUCACCAUCGUCGACUUGUUCAGAUGUGCGCUCGUCGACGCAAGGUUUAGCGGCUAUUUUGCUGAGGAAAAGGGGCACUCAGCUGUUUUGGCAAUCCUCAACCUCGUCAACUCACACAGCGACUGCCCGUAUGCCUUGCGAUUAGUUACACUACAAAUGGCGUGCAACUUCUUCUCCACGCCGCUCUUCCCGGAGGAAAUCCUUCGAAACGAGACUUUGAGAACACCCAUCAUCCAACUGAUAUCUUCGAGUUUCCUAGACGACAGUCACAAUAAUGUUCGUGUGUCUGCUUCGUCCCUCAUGUUCAACUUGGCACUCUUCAGCAACAAAGCAAGACGUGAGAAGUCGGGAGACGUACUACCAGAUGGCGACGCAGUAGAGUUGGCUGCGUCGGUGUUGGAAGCCAUUGGGCAAGAGGAGUCUUCGCCAGAGGCACUGCAGGGCAUGCUUCUGGCACUGGGUAACUUGGUCUACUGCACGCCAGGUGACAGUGAAGUCUCGGAUUUGCUGAGGACGAUGGAUGCCGAGGACACGAUUCUGGCCAAGAAGAAGCAAUUCCCAAAUGAGAAGAUCAUUGUAGAGGUGGGCUCAGAGCUUCUGGGCAAGGGGCUUAGACGGCCGUAA